AUGACGAAAUGGAUGAUUUUUCAUUUUGUGUUCAGCUUAACAUUGAUAUUUGUCAAUGGCAAAUGUAAUUCUAAGCAAAUCACUUCAAUAUCGAGUGGAACAUCGUUUGGAAUGUGUGUGGGUUAUUGUCGCCGAUCAAUAUCAAUCAAAUCUCAACCAAAAUAUCAACUAAUCGCUUUGAAAGAACCGAAUUAUUCUCAAAAUGAAUAUCCAACUGAAGAAAAACGAUUUUCUUAUACGGAAAAACAAUGGAAAAAACUGAUUAAUCUUUUAGACGUGAAAAACUUUGAGAAAUUAAAUGAAACCAUUGGAUGUCCAGAUUGUGCUGAUGGUGGUGCAGAAUGGAUCGAAAUUCAAUGUAAAACUGAAAAGAAACGCGUGACUUUUGAAUAUGGACAAUUAAUCAAAGGUUUUGAAGGCAUUAUCAACGAAUUGAGAAAUUUACGGGAGACAUUUCAAAUUUAA